UUCGGCAACGCAGCUUGCACGAUUCGAAGACCACGACGACGAAAGACACCCCACCAGCUCAUCCCCCCAUCCCACCACCGACGCGCUCAACAAACCGUCGCCAUGUCCGCACGCCAGGCCAGAUUCUCCCAAUCGACGCUCAUCGAUACGACCCCCCUCCCCGACUCGAUCCCGGCGGUGCAGGAGGUCGGGGCGAGCUCGGCGCCGUUGCUGAGCGCGAGUUUUUUUAUCGGCGCGAGGUGCGGGAAGUAUAAUGAUGAUUUUAUGCAGUGUAAGACGGAGAGUAAUGGCACGGCUGAGAUGGAUUGCUUGAAGGAGGGGAGGAGGGUCACGAGGUGUGCGGCUAGUGUUAUUGACGAUAUCAACAAGAACUGCCUCAAGGAGUUCCGUCGCCACUGGUCCUGCCUCGAUACCAACAACCAGCAGCUGUGGCAGUGCCGCCCCGCUGAGCGCGUGCUGAACAAGUGUGUCUUCGAGACCCUGAAAUUGGAGAAGGUUAUCCCGGAUACGCCGAAGGGGGAGGUGCCGGUGCAUUUGAGGGAACGACAGAUUUACUCGCAGAAUUAGGCGGGUUGAGAUGGAGUGGGUGGAGAGGGGAGUGUUAGAUGUGUGUAUAUAAAUUGUGGGGGGUAGAAUGGACUUGUAUUCGAUGAUUUUGCUCGCUAUUGAAUGUGUUGGUGAUGUUUCUUGGGAGGUUGGAAUGAUAGGAUCCUACCUCCCACCUUCUCUCUGAGGGGCAAAUGCAGGUGAUAUGUUGGAAAUGGAGGCUAUGGAGGCUUAGACAGUAUGACUACGCUUAGAAUUUCAUAUCCUAGCACUCAAAUAUUCUUCGAUUGGAUAUGCUACAGUUUGCGCAGUCAAGGUAAUAUUCCAAAACAGAUUUGAAUAUAGAACUAC